AUGGCUUCCGCCGAGCAGCAACCGUUGUUAGAUGAGAAGAUUGCUCCCACACAUGGACUACAGAACGAGGACAAACCUUCGCAAAACUGGAUGAGACCGGCGGAGCGACGCCUGAGCGAUAUACUGCGUCAUGUCGUUAUACUACCCCUCGUUUGCGGCCUCGCAGUUUAUGGAUCGUAUACUCUUUGCAGGCAACACAUUUUCCAGAAAACUGCAUGGCUAGUGCCAGCACAUGAAGGCUCGACUUCAUUCAAUUACACAUGUCUGCCAAGCCAGACUUGUUGGCCAACCGCAAACGAGUGGAAUGCUUUCAACCAAAGCAUCAACGGCAAUCUCCGACUGACGGUACCCUGGGCCGCACCCUGCUACUCCGAUCCUUCGAGCAAACAGUGCCAAGAGGUUGCAAAGAACUACGGUGAUGGUGUCUCACGUACCAAGCAAUACGGAUCCAUGGAGUUUCUCGACUGGGAAAGGUGUGGUCAAUCUCAAUGCGCACUCAACUCUUUCAACACUUCAGCGCCUGUCUCUGGUACCUGCGCGCUAGGAAGGCUAUCCGCAUACCAUGUAAGGGCUGAGACUGGGCGCGAUAUCAGCCAGACGUUGGAUUUCGUUCGCAAACAUGGGAUUCGUGUCUCGAUCAAGAAUACUGGGCACGAUUAUUACGCGCGGUCAACAGCGUCGAAUUCGUUGGCUAUCUGGACUCAUAACAUGAAAGAUACUAAGUUUUAUAAAUCCUUCCAGCCCACAGGUUGCAAAACCCGCUAUGAGAACAUCGGGGAGAUUGGUGCUGGCAUCCAAGCUCAGGAGGCGUGGGAGGCCUUCGAGCCUCAUGGCAUGCUCGUCACAGUUGGCGCAGUAGCUUCCGUUGGCAUCGCAGGGGGCUACGGUCAGGGAGGUGGCCAUGGACCGCUGGGGCCCAAGUAUGGACUCAUGAUCGAUCAAGCAGUUGAGUUCGACGUCGUCACUGCUGAUGGCAAGCAACGCACUAUCAAUGAAUGCAGCGACCCGGAUCUCUUCUGGGCAAUGCGUGGAGGCGGAGGUGGCAGCUACGCUGUGCUCACAUCCUACAAGUUUCAGCUGCAUCCGGCUGAGCCUAUCAAUGUGUACAGCUUCCAAGCUCACUUUCCGGAGCCAAAAGACAUCGCCAAGUCGAAGAUCCAUCGCGACAUCAUCACCGGGCUUGCCUCCAAUCAGCCCUCGUUUUCCAAGCAUGGAGUUGCCGGAUACAAUUUUGUACUCCCAGAUCAUGUCGUGUUUCUUCAAGUAUUGCCCUCUAGCGACACUUCAGAGAUCAAGGCUAUCACUUCCCAAUGGCACGAUUUUCUUACCAAUUAUCCUGGUCUAAAUAUCACCGAGAAUGAGUAUCACUCCUUCAAGAGAUUUUCGCAGUACAAUGAAUUUACAGAGAGACCCGAGAUAUCUCGCAAUGGGCCGGUCGGUCUAGGCUUCAAUGGCGGAGGACGCUUCAUCCCCAAGGAUCUCUUCAAUUCGACUGAUAACAUCGAACGACUAGUGGAUGCAGUUGUAACUGCAAUGCACUUCUCUCGCACCAACCAUGGCGGUGGAGGCGCUCAGUUUUACGCUACUGGACCUGACAACACUCCUGAUAAUGGUAAGACUAGUGUGAAUCCACUAUGGAGAGACUCACUAUGGGAGAUAGUGAUGGGCCAGUUCUGGACGACAGCCACACCACCAGCUGUGCGAUCGCAGAUCCAAAAGACCGUUUCCGCUACUAUUGAGCACUUGAAGACCGUGACACCAGGUGGUGGGUGCUAUUCCAAUGAGGGCGAUUGGACUGAGGAAGACUGGCAGCAAACGUUCUUCGGUGAGCACUAUGAUAGGCUACUGGCAAUCAAGAAGCACUAUGAUCCUACCGGUCUAUUCAAUUGUUGGAAGUGUGUGGGUUGGACAGGAUAUGAUGAUCCAAUGUAUUCAUGCUAUGCGCAAACUCAACAGACACCACUACCUUCUGUCCCACUUGGACCUGUCAGAUAG